AUGCAACCGGUCUAUAAUGACAGACCUACUUGUGCUCAGAUCAUUGAACAGUAUAAUGAUUGGGCUAUUGAUAGCACUGUUGUUACUACUGAUGUCAAGUUUGAGGAAAAACUAAAGAAAAUUAAACACAAAGAAUGGGAACUCCAUAUGGAAACAAAAACCUUAACACCAAAUGAUUGGAUCAAAAGUAUGGAAAGGUUUUAUGUGUUUGACGACGAACUGGGAGUUAAUGUACUGUUUGUUACUACCGAUGAUCGAGUUUAUGGAUUGGGUGCUAAUUAUUACGGAUCACUGGGUUUGGGACACAACCAGUGGGUGAGUGAACCACAAGAGAUCCGUGAAUUGAGACAUAAAAAGUGUUUGAAUUUUAUAAACGGUAGACAUUUUAUGACAUUUUUGUCAAAUGAUAAUUGUCUGUAUAGUUGUGGUCUAAAUGUAUGGGGAGAGUUGGGUAAUGGUUGUAGAGAUUUUGAAACUAAUAAACCAAUGAUUGUUGAAAUUAAUGCAAAAAAUGAUUUAAUACUUGAUGUAAGUUGUGGUUCAUAUCAUACAUUAAUUGUAACACAAAAUAAUUAUAAUAAUAAUAAUGAAGUCUAUGGUUGGGGUAAAAAUAAAUUCGGACAAAUCGGUAGCCGAGACACCACUUGUGAUGCCAUCAAUACACCCGAAAAGAUUGAAUUCAAUGGCAAUUAUUGUAUAAAAUGUGUUCACUGUUUUGAACAAUCAUCGUUUGCAUUGACAAUGGAUGGACAGGUAUUUAGUUGGGGUCAAAAUCGUAGCCAACAAUUGGGACUUAAUAGUAGCAACGAUUUUAUAGUUAAACCACAAUUGAUAUGCAAUUUGUCUGGUAUUACAUCCAUACAAUCGGGUUCAUUGAAUACAUAUUUUAGUAGUCAUUAUAAUAAUGAAGUAUAUUUUUGCGGUCAAUAUUACACUAACAAUAAUAUAAGUGAU